ACCUCUCGUCCCAUCGCAACCGCGAGCACCCCCACCCAGCUCCCACGCCCGUUCCCUGCAGCGCACGCCGGCGAUGGGCAAGGGGAAGCAGCGCGUCCGCGCCCGCGGCGACGGCGCCGGAGGAGAGCCUGCCGGGGAAGGCGAAGCUGCCGUCGCCGGAGGCGGCGGCGCUGCCGGCGGGGGCCACACCCCCUCCACCGUCUUCGUCUCCAACCUGCCGUACACCUACAAGUCCUCCGAUCUCGAGACGGUGUUCAGCGAGGUCGGGCCGGUGAGGCGCUGCUUCAUGGUCGCGUCGAAAGGGUCCGAGACGAGUAAAGGAUUUGGGUUUGUACAAUUUGCCACUGUUCAGGAUGCUGAGCGAGCUAUUCAACAAAAGAAUGGUUUUGCUGUUGCUGGUAGGAAAAUCAGAGUUAAGCUCGCAAUACAACGUGCUCCGUUGAAGGAACGUUUGCAAAAGAAAGAGAGCGUGCAAGCUGACGACUCCAAUGCAAAAGAUGAAGAAGAUGACAAUUCUACUCCUGUUCCUGUAAAACAUAAGGAGACCUCUCAUAAAGCUGAUGCAGGACCACCACAGUUAUUGGCCAAGGAUACCAAAGUAGCGAAGGAAGUUAGCACUAAUGCUACUGACAAACCGAAAAGUUCUGAAAAGCAAAGGAUCGCCAAAACCGUUAUAUUUGGUGGUCUUCAAGACUUCUCCAUGGCUAGUGAAGUUUUCCGUCUGGCAGGAGAGAUUGGCACGGUAGUGUCUGUAAAUUAUCCACUUCCAAAAGAGGAAAUGGAGCUCCAUGGGCUUGCACGCGAUGGGUGCACAUCGGAUGCGGCAGCAGUACUCUUUUCAAGUGUGAAAUCAGCUUGGGAGGCUGUUGUCCUCUUGCAUCACAAGGAGAUAAAAGGAGCAAUUGUUUGGGCUCGUCAACUUGGUGGGGAGGGUUCAAAGAUCAGGAAAUGGAGAGUGAUAGUCAGGAACCUGCCAUUCAAGGUUACUAUAAAGGAGGUCAUGGACAUAUUUAGUUGUGAAGGAUUUGUCUGGGAUGUCUCCAUUCCACAAAAAUCUGAUGAUGGGAAGUCAAAAGGCUUUGCUUUUCUGUCUUUCACACGCAAACAGGAUGCAGAAAAUGCUAUAAAAAAUGUUAACGGAAAAGUUAUUGCAAAGAGAACAGUCGCUGUUGAUUGGGCUGUUCCGAAGAAUGUAUAUGCUGUUGCUGCAAAGUCUGAUGCUAAGGACGAUGAGUUGGAAGAUAUAUCUGACAAGGGCAGUGACAAGGAAUCCUCUGAAGAUAAUCUUGUUGGAGGAGAUGACAGCGAUGAUAACUGUGAACUUGAUCAGGAGACUUCAAAUCGUCUUCCUGUGGAUGAUUUCAAAAGUGAAGCGGACAUUUCUAGAAAAGUUCUUGAAAAUUUGAUCAAGUCAUCAGAGAAGUCUGAGCGGUCUGGUGUUGAGAGUUCUGAUAUUGAUACAGAUUCUGAAACAGAAAAUGACACACCAGAGAAGAGUUCUGAUAUUGAUACAGAUUCUGAAACAGAAAAUGACACACCAAAAAAGAAGCAACCCCAGUCACCUGCAGCUGUCAAGUUGGCAGAAUCUAGAGAUGUAACAAAGACCGAAAGUAUCAUUCCUGCUUUGAAACCUGCAGCUGCCAUGUUGGCAGAAUCUAAACAUGUAGCAGAGACAGAAAGCAAUGUUCCUUCUUUGAAACCUAAGAAAGAAGAUGCUGGCCUGGAUAGGACAAUAUUCAUAAGCAACCUUCCUUUCGAUAUUAGCAAUGAGGAGGUAACAGAGCGGUUCUCAGUGUUUGGGAAGGUUCAAUCUUUCUUCCCAGUUCUGCAUAAACUCACAAAGAGACCUAGAGGGACUGGUUUUCUCAAGUUUUCUACAGCAGAGGCAGCCGAUGCAGCAGUUUCUGCUGCUAAUGCUGCUCCUGGAUUAGGAAUUUUUGUAAAAAGCAGACCACUUAAUGUUAAGAAAGCGCUGGAUAAGGAGUCAGCUCACAAAAAGGAACUGGAGAAGGGAAAGAAUGAGGUUGAGGAUCGACGCAACCUGUAUUUGUCAAAGGAAGGUGAAAUACUCCCUGGAACGCCAGCUGCGGAAGGUGUUUCAGAUGUUGACAUGAAUAAACGUAGUUGGUUGGCUAAAAGAAAAGCAGAAAUGCUUGUAUCUCCAAAAUUCCAUGUCUCCAGAACAAGGCUUAUCAUUUACAAUUUGCCAAAGACUCUGACCAUUAAUGAUGUAAAGAAGCUUUGCCGAGAAGCAGUAAUUUCUCGUGCUACCAAGCAAAAUCCUGUCAUCCGGAAGGUAAAUAUCCUAAACAAUGAAAAGAAAGGUCAGGGUGCUGCACAAAAGCAUUCCCGGGGGGUAGCCUUUGUUGACUUUCAAGAACAUGAGCAUGCUCUUGUAGCUCUGAGGGUUCUAAACAACAACCCUGGAACCUUUGGUACAGAACGUCGUCCAAUUGUCGAGUUUGCACUUGAGGAUGUUGAAAAAAUGAGGCUCCAGAAGAUUCGGAACGAACGCAAUGGUAGGGCAAAAGAGGCUGCACAAGAGCGGAGGGCUCUGGGAGAUCAGUCUACAACUGAUGGCCCUCGUCCAAAUAAGAAGGGACCUUUUGGAAAAGGGAGCAAGCAAGAAUCGCAAGAUAUACCAUCUAAAUUAUCUGACUCUGGCAAAGGACCUUCAGAUGAUCUGUCAGUUCCUGGAGGUCCCAACACCACUGUGGAAAGCACACAGGGAGACAAAAGGCAAUCUCAAAGGCCCGCGAAACGAGCACGGCAGUCAAUUAAGGGAACCUCCUCUGUGUCAGAUGGAAAUCAAACAGAUGUGGCCCCGAAUGCUGCACCGAGUGGACCAUCCACAGCACACACUCAGGCGGACGCACGAAGAAAAAGGAGGAACAGAAAUGAUGGUGAGCAGAAGAGAGACAAGGCUACGAAAAGGGCGAGGAAAGAUGCGAGUGGGGCGGGGGGCGUGGACAAGUCGCUGGCGGAGCAGUACCGCUCCAAGUUUCUGCAGCACGGCGUGAACAAAACCAAGGCUAGUUAAGUGGGAUCGCCAUGGACAGACAGAGACCACCAGCUUCUCCACAGCUGAAGCUGGCUGAGAACCCCCUCCGCAAACCCUUCAGCCCCGUUGACCGGGGUACGAUUUUGCUUGUAGUGCUACUAUGAUUUGUUUUCCCCUUGUAGCUUCUACUUCCUGUGAAACAGCGACUAACCUCUUUUCGUCAAGCUUUUCACUGCCCAAGUUCUCUAUUUAUAAUCUCAAGGAUGAGUAGGCUUUCAACUACCAUCUGAUAUGAA